AUGCCGGACCCUUCACGUCCUCAUGGUAAGGCUGUAGACAUUGUUCAUCGAUUGCAGGACACCCACCAGUUGGUGCGUACUAACCUGGAGAAGGCGGCGAGCAAGUACAAAGAGGUUGCUGAUCGUAAGCACCGCCAUGUGGAGUUCGACGUGGGUGAUUAUGUGUGGGCUGUUCUGACUAAAUAUCGCUUCUCCGCGGGCGACUAUUACAAGUUGGCGGCCAGGAAGAUUGGGCCAGUGGAGAUCAUUGAGAAGAUCAACCCCAACGCUUACAGUCUCAACCUGCCCAGCCAUAUUCGCACAUCCGAUGUCUUCAAUGUCAAGCACCUAGUUCCGUUCGCUGGCGACGACUCGGACGGCGACAAUUCGAGGGCGAAUUCUGUCCACCCCGGGGAGGAUGAUGCAGUGGAGGAGAUGGCAAGCCGGUUUCUAGAGAGGCACGAUCGAGUUCGGCAGGCUGCUGGGUAG